CCCCAUUCAUCCAUCGAUCCAUCCAUCUCAACCAAACGGCUAAACAAUUCAAUCUGGUCAAUCAUUCAUUCAGUCAAUCAACCAACUCAUCGACUUGACUUCUUCGACCCGAAAAACCUUCGCUAUUCAUCCCAUACUCUCGAUUCCGCCCGACACGAUCAAUUUCAUCUCUGUCGAUUUCGAUUCUCGCUCGUUUCGCUAAAUACCGCUCGCAUUCCGAUUCAAAGCUGGCCUCCCUUUCGACAUUGACCUGCCGACCGCUAUCCCAUCAAAACCCGACCGUAGAUUGCCCCCUCUAGGACAACAACCUCGACUUCAACGCCCGAUCAUUAAUUCACAACCCCUAGGGCACGCCCUUGCCGGCGUCUCUGGCUUGAAGCCCUAGCCUCCUUCUUCAUCACGCCAUGGAUCCCAACGACAGCAAGAUCACCGACCCCUCGCGUCGCUCUUCCACCCGGCGAUCGCGUUCCCUAAGACUAUCCGCUGGCAGUGCUAUUGUCGAAGAUGAAUACGACCUCAAUGCCAUGAUGGUGGCGGAUGGAUUCCGACCCACUGAUACUACCGCCUCUUCAAACACGAACCUGACACCAACCUCGAAUACUCAACUCGAACCUUCACUAUCACCAACCGAGUCUUUCUCAGAACAAACAACCUCCGCAAAGUCAUCAGAUGCAUCUGUCGCGCCUCGCUCAUCAGAAGAGAUCACACCCGCUAUUCGAAACCGACCUUCCAGUAUCUCAAAACCACACCGAAACCACGAUUCUCUCGCUCUCCGAAAUGAUGGCACAACCAUGGUUGAUAGAUCUCAUGUACGAAACAACCCCAGCCUAUCGUCUGACGCCCCUGUCAUCCGUGCCGAAAGCCCUUACGUUGGCCCAUCUGGUCCCUCGCAUCCAUACAACAUGUAUCCUCAGAGAACAAUGAGCAUGGCCACUACCUCUACUGCUGCCAAUGCUGUUGUGCCAGAUGAUCGGCCUUAUCAAGGAACUCAAGGCCCAGCUCACCCAUACGCGCUUUAUACGCAAAACACCACUUCCGGCGAGAGUAGCAGCCAAUCAAUCCCAGUAGGUUUCAACGGUUUGGGAUCGACAUACCAGCGGCAAUUAGGACCGGAUGGAGAAGAGGCAGGAGAUUUAGUAGGCCCUUUGGGCCACACAGAAGAACUACCGCCUUAUACAAGAUAUCCAGACAACGCCUACGUCCCCAGGCCCACUGCGCAAGCGCCUGUUUCCCCAGUAUCACCCGUGUCAGAACCAUCAUCCCCGGUUAGAGAAGUGCCAGUUGCUCAAAUACCCGGUGCUGGUGGGAUUGGAAUCGCAACUCGCGACCCCGAGUUUUCUUCAACUGAUGACGACCUGGCUCUGCCAAGGACCCGACCUUCAGUAAGAAGCGCCAACUCUUCGGACAACAGUUCACACAACAUCAACGGUGCUGCCGCUCAAAUAUCCGAGAAGCCUCCCGUCAGCAAAUGGCAGCGACGGGCUAAGAAGAAGCUAUGCGGGAUCGUGCCUUACUGGGCCAUCUGCCUCCUGCUUGUCGGUCUCGUUCUGAUGGGUAUCAUCAUGGGUGCUGUGAUUGGGACGAUGCUAACCAAGAGUCACCCACCUCCGCCCCCUGAUGUUGACGAUGACAAAUUCUUAUCGCCUGCUACUCCAACAACAUAUGACCCUGAAAUCUUGACAAUCAUACCCGAUAAUUUACCACCCAUGGCAACAGGCCGUUUUGCCCUCCCCAACAUUGAUCCUAGCCCACAGGGAUAUAGUGCUUGUUUCAAUGACACAACUCAGUCAUCAGCUUGGUCCUGCGAUAUCAUCUAUCCCCUCUGGUCAAUUGAGGUUUUGCAAGAUUCAGACCCCAAGAAUGAAACCGGAAUCUCAUACAAUUUGACACUCAGGGCCGUUGACGAUGACAAAUACCCAUUCCCGUGGGGCGCUCAACCACCAAAUAUCAAGACGGUUGCUAUGAAGUUGGUCAACGAUACAACUGAUGUCGCACGCGGUCCUGCUUGGUGGCUAAGGACAACGUACAACAAAACCGUCAUCGUAUCAGAUAAGAAGCUUGGCGAUUUGGAGAAGCGAGGCUGGGAUCAAGAUGGUGGCGACUACGAAGAUUACAACUCAUUUCACCGAUUCAAGAACAAACCAAUGAAUGCCAAGGUGGGCGAGCAACCUUGGAUCUGUACCUGGCCAAACACCGUUAUCGAAUUUUUCAUUUAUCCCAAUGAAACCGCGACAGGAUACCACCCAACCCCGACGACAAACGAUGAUGCUGCCACUUCAACAGAGAACAGCUAUGCGACUGCAUCAACCGCUUGGGAUGCCUGGAAACUCCCUGUCUAUCCUCAUGUCUACAAGAUGAUGGAGCGCCGAUUUCUUUGGGAUGAAGAUUCUGUGGCUACAUGUACUAAAGUCGAAGUGAUCGGUGACGGAACCAACUCAACGGUACUCAUGAAAAAUGGCACAAAAAUCACAUUGACCAUCCAGGAAGAUGAGGAUGAGAACUUUAUUAAAGGGCUGGACCUCGAAUGGACAGGCAAGGGCAAGCGAUCCAUUCCACAACUAAUGAGACGGACAAGUCCAGCACUUACCGACUGUGCUUGUAUAUGGAAAUCUCAAUAGAACGUCGACUUUUUUUUUUUGGUCGCGAAUGAGUCACGAUCAAGAACGCAGGUUACUCUUGAUCCCUGUUUUUACUUAUUUUUCUUUUGGUAUCACACGGCUUUAUGCAUACAAGACCGGGUUGGGGUUUUGGGUCGCACGAUUUUACUUAUCUAUCUUGCAUCGUGUACGCGCCAUUGCGUUUUUGUCGUUAUUCAAGAAUGCAUCAUGGGAGACGCGAUGACAACGUAACGGGAUUGCAUUUUUUGGGUUUACAAAUGAACGGGAUGGGAAUAUCUGGAGUUCAGAGGAGCGACUGGCGGUUUACGAAAAGAAAUGCUUUUCCUGAAGAAUUAAAUUAUUCAACUGUGAUCAUCUUUCGCUGUUACUGUGCUGUGCAUGUCUUAUAAACGUGAAUCCAAAGUGUGUU